CAUGGCGGCGGAAACACACGCGCACGCCGCUACCACCGCCACCGCCGCCGCCACCGCUGCCGCCGGUCGGUGCCUCCACGCCUCUACCUCGCCUCCGCCACCGCCACCGAACCCGCGACUCGUGGAUGGAUAAUUCUGCGUACGUUCCGAAUCACCUACCGCCGCCGUCUCUGGUCGUGUUCUCGCAGCCCGGAACGUUGCCCGAGGCCUUGAGAAUGCAAAGACCCUUCAAUCCACAAGUAACCGACUCGAAGGACCUGCAGGUGCCCUUCAGCACGGCGGCGUCGCUGGGCUACGGCUUGCAUCACAUGCUGCAUCUGCCGCCGCAAUUCCUGCACCCGCUCGACCAUAGACUGCCCUUUGGCGGGUUCCGGCCUCUGGUGCCGUCCGCGUUCGCGCCCCCCAGCAAGUGCCUCAAGGUCGAGACCGGGAACGGCGCGGUGCCGGGAAACGGCGGUCUGCCCAGCAUCGGCUCGCUCACGAGCAUGUCGAACAUGUUCUCGCCCACGUCCCUACCGGGCGCUGGCGGGGGUGCGGUGGUGUCUGUUUCCGGCGCGGCAGCCGCCGCAGCCGCCGCCGCUGCCGCCGCGGCCAGCCAGGAAGUCGGGGGCCCGCAGAGCCCGGCUGGCUCCGCGAGCCGAUCGCCCACCGGUACCGGCGGCACCGGUUCCGUGCCAAAUCGUGGCACAACCCCUGACGAGGAGGACCGCGACGCCAAUGCUACACCUGGUUCUGAGAACACCGAACGAUCCACUCCGGAGGAGGGACGACCAUACAGACUGGGGCCUGUGUUCGGGGGCCGAUGCGGCGCGGAGGCGCUCGGUCUGGGGCUGGGGCUGUCGCCGGGCCCGGCCUACAGGUUCGCUCUGCCCCCGGGACUCGCUGCCAAGACCACCCGCUGCCUUGUAUUCGACCAAGGCAAGAAAAAAUUUCCCUCGGACCCGUCUUGCUGCCCGGUAUGCGGCGUGACAGUGAGACCGCAAGAAUUGGAGCAGCAUUUUGCCCAAGAGCUUGAUCGGCUCUAUAAGGUCUCGUCCGCGUCUGCGAGGCCUCGACCUUCGAGGUCGACCUUGCCGCCGACGCACGCCCAGGAUCAUCCCCAUGGAUCGAUGUUACACGCUCCAUCGGCGGCAGACGGUACCCCCCAGGGUAGAUGGGAAACCUACAAAAGGAUCAAGGCCAAUAGACAGGCCAGAAUACGCGUUAAGAAUCGGAAGAGAAAAGCGGACGAGACGGCCUGUCCGGUUUGCAGCGAGAGGCUGUCGGGUACUCCGGAGGAAUUGAAUCAGCAUGUCGACCGUUGUCUGAACAAGCAGAACAACGGAAACCCGGCCGGGCAGAACGCGAAUCUCGACGAAGAGGAGGUCGACGUCGAGGGCGACGCCGAGACCUUCGACGAGUACGAGUGGGCCGGCCAGAGAAGAGUACGUGCCACUUCUAUGCUCGUCGGUGGUUUCUCCGCCGCGGGUCUCGCCACCUCCUCGAGCAAUCGCUCCGGUGCCGGGGGCGGUCCCGGCAACCAGGAAGACGAAGACGUGGACCUGGUGGUCGACGGCGACGACGCCGCCGAGUUCGGCCCGGCGCAGUAUUCCGAGGCGGACGUGGUCGCGCCGCGGAUCGACGGUACGCCGCGGGAACAGAAAGAACGGGACGCCCUUCGCGAGGCCGUCAUCUCGCCGAACGCGCCGCACACUCCUCAACAGCUGACACCGGACCAGCUGGGGGCGCAGGGCCUGGUCGAAGUGAAGCCGGAGCCGGGCGCCGCGACACCCGUCGGUCAGCAGAACGACGCCGACGAGGGUGCCUCCGGCUCGCCCAGGAGAGACGGCGAUACGCCGGUCGUGGAGGCCCUUCGAGGUCGCAUUCGCGAACUCGAGGCCGAGAUGCGCGGUCAACCCUUCAAGUGUCUCAUUUGCAUGGAACAGUACAAGAAGCCAGUCACUUCGGUCUGCUGCUGGCAUGUACACUGCGAACAAUGCUGGUUGCACACUCUGGGUGCGAAGAAGCUCUGUCCGCAAUGCAACAUGAUAACGUCACCGUCCGAUCUGCGACGCAUCUACAUGUGAGUCGACUCGACGGCCCGCCGCGAUAACUCCGCGGCCGAGAGUCGAGGGAUGAUCAGCCGUGGCAACGAGCGAUCGUCAACGAGCGACCCCCUCAUCGCAACCGCCCAACCGCCCCCCGCAGCCCUCCCGCGGUCGCCCGUGUAAAUACUUGUAUAUUUCUCGGCGUUUACGUAAAUUAACUCCCUAGAAUUAACGUGUACGUUUAUGCAUCUUAGAGUUAGUAAAUUAACUUCCUUAGUCUACACACACACAUACACACACACAUACAUACAUAAAGAUCGCCCACCUAAGCGUCGCCCUCCCCAGGAUCACCUCGUCGCCAAUUUUGCACGUCGACGACGAUCAUAUCCGUCGUAUUUAAUCCGCGUUACCAAUCGUCCCCUCUCUGGAAACUGCUGCGCGGAGCUCCCCUUGUUUCCACACGUACGUAUUGUCGGAGCCGUGACUAUACAAGUAAAGAAAUUUCCUCAAUCUAUUCCUACAGUUUUGCUUUUCUUACGUACGUAUUUUUUUUUUUUUUACGUAUCGCAAUCGCGAUUAUUAAAUCGCUUUCUCGCGCGCGAUUCCAACGGCUUACUCGAAAGGACGGUGAGUUUCGUUGGCUUUGCCGUGUUGUCCCUACUUUGCUACUCGGUAAGUUGCAUGUUCGACGAUAAAUUGUUAGAUGACGAAUUCGUCUCUCUCUCUCUCUCUCUCUGUGCCUUAACGAUAUUUUCGCGACGACAGUUCCCGCGACCGGUCUUGCGAUUGCGGAUACACCUGAAUUGUUUGUGAAAGCAUACCUGGAGCCAUCGGCCAAUCGUUAUACGUUGUACUAUAAACUUCGCAUGUACGUCUACAUAAUGUGUGUUCACUGUCACGACACUUGAGUACUUAAUGAGGUCGAUCGCUUGUCAAAGACGUGUCAAUGCUGCGAAACGUUAGGCGGUUUCGAUCUCCCACUCGACGAAAAUCGUCGUCGUCGUCGUUGUCGAUCACAUCGCCGUACGCUCUCCUGCGAUAUUCUCGUUUCACAGGCGGGAUUACAGAAUCUUAAGGUUACGCGAAAGGACGACGCGAGUAGAGAAAGCCGAUCGCGCUCGAUCGUGGCUUCUUGUUUUACGUCUCGAAUAAUUUAUCGUCGCGCGCGCUUUCACGACAUCGCGUGACGAACUUUUUCCCCUCCGUCGGAUCCUCCGUUGCGUUCCUCAACGAUCGGCUUUCGGCGCAUCGGCCGGUAUAAUUACCGAGGAAACUUUUAGAUCAUCGGCAAAAUCAGUCUCUCUCUCGCGAUGCACUCCUGCGAGCUACUGUAAAUACACUAAACGGAUCAAGAAGAGAAGUAAGUUCCCCGAUCGCUGUUCUGUAAUCGAAAUAAAAAAAAACGAUCAUGGAAUGUACAA